GCGUAUUCGAGUUUUCAAAGUCGAUUUUGUAGAAGUAAAUAGAUUGUGGAGUAAACACUGAAAACAAGCCAUCGAAUAUCGAUUAAGCUUGUUAUCGAUUACAGCAUUUGGACUGUUAUCACUUACAGAAUACACAAAAGGACAAAGUAUUUUUACCAUGUUGCUGCUGGACUUUAUAUACCUGGUGUGGAAUGCACUGAUGGCCUUUAUGUCACUGCUCAUGAACUAUGCCUACGAAUCGAACUAUAUAAUGUUCCUGAUCAGCUGCAGUAUGGCCACAAUAUUCCUGCUACAUCUGAAGGCUGGCAGCAUUUUGUUGACUGAUUUAACCACAACAAGUCUGACGAAUAUCUGCGAUAUUCAGCCAUCACCGAUCAACAUUGUGCGUAGUCUGGUUUACAGGGUAUUCGAUGAUAGCCUGGACCGCUUGUUGUGGAUCAAUUAUGAUGAGUUGCCACGUGCGAUGUCCUUGCAGAAUAAUGGAAAUACAUUGAUGAUGCAUAUAACAGCGGAUCCGAAUUGUCAGCCACAUUUACGUGGUAUCUCGCUGCUGGGCAACUAUUAUUUCGUGGAGGCGAUAUUCAAAUGGGGCGGAUCGGAGCAUCUGAUUGACUCACGUCAAUAUGCGCUGGAGUUGCAAGUGUUGCAUGCCACAAAUCUGCGAAAUGUUCCCUUUGAAUAUCUGACCAUCUCGUAUCUGUUUGUCCAAACACGUCGCAAAAAUCAAGCCAUGCAGCAAGUUAUUGAGAAUUUACCUGCUAUUAUUACUGCCGGCUCAAUCAUCGAGCUGCCGCCCUUUGACCUUGCCACCCUCUUUUGGCCCUUCCACAGCGGGUAUUAUAGAUACAGUGGCACCUAUGCCAACGGCAACGUUGUUUUACCCACUCAGUGGCUCAUCUGCAAGUCCAUUUUUCACAUCAGUGUGGAGCAACUCCAUCAGUUUGAAACCCUUUGCAAUUUCCAAGGACUUGCGAUUGGCCAAAAUUCACGCUCAGUGCAGUCGCUGGGCAAUAGACGUGUUCAACUAAAUGAAUUUCUCUAACUUUUAAUAAUACUUUUAAAAUCAAA